AUGAGGAUGUGCAUUAACUACCGACAGUUGAAUAAACUGACUGUGAAGAAUAAAUAUCCACUUUCGAGGAUCAGCGAUUUGUUUGAUCAGUUCCGAGGGGCUUUCAUCGUGGUCUUCAUCGACGAUAUUUUGAUUUACUCUAAGAUUGAGGAUGAGCAUGAUGAGCAUAUUAGAGUAGUGCUUCAAAAACUUCGAGAGAAACAACUCUACGCUAAGUUAAAUAAGUGUGAGUUCUGGUUGCAAGAGCCUGAAUCUAAUAAAGAGUUUGUAGUGUAUAGUGAUACGUCGCACGUCGGUUUGGGAUGUAUACUGAUGCAAGAUGGUAAGGUUGUGGCUUAUACGUCCAGUCAGCUUAAGUCACACGAGGAGAAUUAUCCGACGCAUGAUCUCGAGUUAGCUGUUGUGAUUUUUAAGCUUGUGGGACCGGUUGCUUAUCAGUUAGAGCUACCUCCAGAGUUAGAUUGUAUCCAUUAUGUGUUUCAUUUCUCGAUGUUGAGGCGGUACUGGUCUGAUCCAUCUCAUGUUGUCUCUGUUGAGGAGAUCGAUGUUAGACCAGAUUUAACUUUUGAGGAGGAGUCGGUUCAAAUUUUGGAGCGAGAUAUUAAGGUUCUGAGGAGAAAGUCCAUUCCGUUAGUUAAGGUUCUGUGGCAGAAUCAUGGUACUAAGGAAGCCACGUGGGAAUCUGAGGACUUGAUGCGUCAGUAA